AUGGGCUCCGGAAAGGGCUCCGAGGUACGGCAGGAGUACCCGAAGCAUCCCUUUCAACUCUCCAUCGACCAGCUCAAGGAGCACCUGGGCGUCCACCCCGAGCAGGGCUUGAGUGCCUCUGAAGCCACCCAGAAGCGCAGCCAAUAUGGCGAGAACAAGCUCAUGGGUGAGGGCGGCGUCAAGUGGUACUCGGUUCUCCUGAAGCAAGUUAGCAAUGCCAUGAUUCUGGUCCUCUUGUUGGCCAUGGCGCUCUCGUACGGUGUGUCCGACUACGUCGAGGGCGGCGUCAUCACCGCCGUCAUCGUUCUGAACGUCCUGAUUGGUUUCUAUCAGGAGUACCAGGCAGAGAAAAAGAUGGACUCUCUCCGAGCUCUGUCCUCGCCUACUGCCACGGUUCUCCGCAAUGGCGUUGUUGAUGCAAUUCCGUCAGCUGAAGUCGUUCCGGGUGAUAUCGUUCAGAUCAAGACGGGCGACACCAUCCCCGCCGACAUCCGCAUCUUCGAGGCCAUGAACCUCGAGUGCGAUGAAAAGAUUCUCACUGGAGAAGCCCUUCCGGUCGCGAAAGACCCCGAGCAUGACUUCACCAAUGCCACUGAACUCGAGACUGGUGUUGGAGACCGCGUGAACAUGGCUUACUCAUCUUCUACAGUCACCAAAGGCCGUGGUCAAGGUAUCGUCGUCUUCACUGGAAUGCACACAGAAAUUGGUAAGAUCGCUCAGUCCAUGCAGGGCACAAAGCGCAAGGCAAACCGAUCCAUGUCAAGGAAGAAGGGUGGCAACUUGCAACCCGCCAAGGGCCUCAUCCUUAGGAUUUACGACGCCAUUGGCGCUUUCCUUGGUCUCACCGUUGGCACGCCUCUUCAGAGGAAGCUAUCUAAGCUUGCAUACGUCCUGUUUGGCCUGGCUAUCCUCUUGGCCAUCAUUGUGUUCGGCGUCAACAGAUUCGAUGUCACCAACGAGGUCGCCAUCUACGCCAUCUCGACCGGUAUUGCCAUGAUCCCCGAGUCGCUCAUCGCCGUCCUUACCAUUACCUUCGUCAGCGGCAUGACCUCGAUGCGCAAGCGCCGUGUGCUUACCCGUAAGCUCAGCGCUUUGGAAGCCCUCGGUGGUAUCACAAACAUUUGCUCCGACAAGACAGGCACCCUUACGCAGGGCCAGAUGGUCACGCGCAAGGCGUGGAUCCCUGGAGUUGGCAUUUAUACCGUCAACAACGCCGAGGAUGCCGCGAACCCUACGCACGGUACAAUCACACUUGGCACUGAAAAGUCGAGAGCCGAGAUGGAGGCGGAGAAGAAGGCUCGCCAGGAGAAGCUCGAGGCCGAACGUAGCGGUGGCGGCAUCAAGUUCAAGGAACCCAAAGAGAAGACUGAACGCGACGUACGCCGCGCCGUGAACGACUUCGACGAGAAGUCUGACUCGGACGACAUGGACCCCAAGGACGUCGAAGUGGUUCCUGAGCUCGAUGCCUUCCUCCAUUCGACUGCUCUCUGCAAUCUUGCUACUGUCCGCUACAACGACUCUGAGCAGAAGUGGCAGACUACUGGUGACCCAACUGAAGUUGCUCUGCAGGUUUUCGCCCGUCGCUUCGAGCUUGGCAAGAAGCAACUGGAAGGCGAACGCGGCUGGAAGCAGCUCACUGAGUACCCCUUUGACAGCACCGUGAAGCGCAUGUCUGUGGUCUACAAGGUUCCCGACGACGGCAGCACCAUCAUCUUCACCAAGGGAGCCGUCGAGCGCAUCCUGGACCUCUGCGUCAACGUCGGUAUUGGUGCACACGAGACUGCCAUCACUGACGAGGUCAAGGAGCAGAUCCUUGAGCAAAUGUCCCUUCUUGCUGACCAAGGUCUUCGUGUUCUUGCUGUUGCACGUCGUUCUUGGACGGGUGAACCCAUCAAUGAGAAGUCUGAAAUUCCUCGUGAGGACAUUGAACAGGGCUUGACGCUCCUCGGUCUUGCUGGAAUCUACGAUCCGCCUCGCCUUGAGACGAAGGAUGCUGUUCGCGAAUGCACCAACGCCGGUAUCCGCGUGCAUAUGCUUACGGGCGACCACCCCGGGACAGCCGCGGCCAUCGCCAAGGAAGUCGGCAUCAUCCCCAAGGACAUGAGCACUCUGCCCAAGGAUGUUGCCGACAGCCUGGUCAAGACUGCUGCCGAAUUUGACGGUCUGACGGACGAGGAGAUCGACCAAAUGCCCGAAUUGCCCCUUGUCAUUGCUCGCUGUGCUCCCAACACCAAGACCCGCAUGAUUGCUGCUCUUCACCGCCGUGGAAAGUACGCCGCCAUGACUGGUGACGGUGUGAACGACGGUCCCUCUCUGCAAGCCGCCGACGUCGGUAUCGCCAUGGGUCUCGCCGGUAGCGACGUCGCUAAGGGGGCGUCGGAUAUCGUUUUGACGGACGACAAUUUCGCAAGCAUCGUCAACGCCAUUGAGGAAGGCCGCCGCAUGUUUGACAACAUCCAGCGCUUUGUUCUGCAUCUGCUUACGUCCAACGUGGGUGAAGUCGUGCUUCUGGUCUGUGGCCUUGGCUUCCAGGAUGACAGAAAGUAUUCCGUCUUCCCUCUGUCUCCGCUCUCCAUCCUCUGGAUUAACAUGCUCACGUCUGGUUUCCCCGCUUUCGGACUCGGCCGCGAAAAGGCUUCGUACAACAUCAUGAGCCGCCCGCCUCACGACAACAAGAAGGGUGUUUUCACUUGGCAAAUCAUCUUUGACAUGAUCGUCUACGGUCUGCUGAUGGGCAUGCUGACCCUUUUCACCUUCGUCAUCAUCGUCUACGGCCCAGGCGACGGCAAGAUCGGUCAGGACUGCAACAAAUCAUACAGCCCAGACUGCGAUGUCGUCUUCCGCGCUCGUGCUGCCGUGUUCGCCGAGUUGACCUGGUUGAUUCUCAUCUCUGCUUGGGAAAUCAAGGGCAUCCGCCGUAGUAUGUUCCGGCUCGACCCCCGCUCCGAGAGCCGUUUCCCCUUCUUCGCCGACAUCUGGGAGAACAAGUUCCUCUUCUGGUCUGUCACCGUGGGCAGUGUCGUUGUCUUCCCGUGCAUCUACAUCCCCGGCUUCAACACGACCGUCUUCAAGCACAAGGAAAUCACUUGGGAAUGGGCUCUCCCCAUCGUGGCAGUCUUCAUUUUCGUCCUGGGCAUGGAGCUGUGGAAGCUGGCCAAGCGCACCUUUGGCUGGUUCGCCGCUCCCGACGAGGACAAGGUCGACGGCCGCAGGAAGCACGGCCCCCUGUCGCUGCGCCAGGGCUUCUUCUCCUUCUCGCGCACAAACUCCCUCGCCAAGGAGCCGUCGGCUGGUCAAGGCUCCGAGCUCACCGCUGUCACCUCCGGCCACAGCCCCCGCGGCCUUGGUCCCAUCGGAAAGAAGGAGGAUGUGUGA